AUGGGAGGGCCCAGAUUGGUUAUUAAUAUCGAAUUUGGGGCGAGUAAAACAGUCGUCGGCUAUCAUGUCACCACAAAUGGGUGGAAUGGGCUUCCUGCGUUCUUAAAAAUACACGAUACCCAUAUAAUUCCAACGGCGAUCGCGUACACCCCAUGUGGCUUGUCAUGCUGUAUUGGAACGGAUGCCCAACGCCGAGAGAACUGUAUUUAUUGGAUAAAACAUAUAUUCGACGAUGCUCGCAUAUUGCGAGACUCUGAUGACGAGCUUCUCAAGGAGCUCGUCAAGUCGACAUGGCCGCAGCUACCUGACAGGCAACGCGAGGAUCCAUCCCUCGUCGUGUCUGACUUCCUGGGAAAGAUAUUAGGACAUCUCCAGAGUGCCUUGAAAGAUGACCCCACACUCAACGAAUUGCCAAAACAUUUCAUAUUCACCACGCCAUCUACUUGGUCGAGUUUUGCGCAUAUGAAGAUGAAACAGGCUGUAUAUUCAGCAGGGUUUACAAGCCCUCAAGACGCAAUGGUCUCUUUUACUUCAGAGGCCGAGGCGGUCGCCGUAUACGCCGCCAGUGAAGGGGGAUUCAACAUGGGGCAGCUUUGUGAAACAGGUGAUGGAGUUAUGGUGGUCGAUUGUGGUGGCAGCACCGUCGACAUAACUACAUUUUUGGUCGAUCAGAAAACCCCUUUUGGAUAUCAAAGAUUGAUGGCAUUCACUAGUAACGCCUGUGGGGCUGUUCAGCUCCAGUCUCUGGUAUAUGCUAAAGCGUUGCAGCAAAGUCGGACGUCUGGUCCGAGGACGAGAAGCAAGGCCAAGCUACUUCCGUUCGCCGUAUGGGCCCGGCAAAAGUUUCCAUAUGGACUUGUAUCAAUGCCCACUAAUACCGGGCUUUUGGAUGCUGCCUUGCGGCUGAUCUACAAUAGUUUUGCCAUCAAGAUCAUUAGCCAUAUUCGGCGUGAAAUUGCUUGCGCUAACAUCUGCGCUGGAUGCAAAGUUAUCAAGAAACUGCUUUUAGUGGGAGGUCUGAGUAGCUCGGCCGAGAUCUCAAACGCCAUUCAGUACGCAUGUGGAAACGAAUUCGAGAUCGAAUUUCACCAGCCACAUUACGAUUUUCGGAAUAUAGCCGUUUGUAUUGGUGGCACACUGCGCGGCCUCAUGGGACCGCAACUGUCCUUCAAAUUUUGGAGAUACUAUUAUCUGGUCGACGCGAACCAGCAGAUAAUCAUGAUCGUCAGCAAGGGAAGCCCCUAUGACAACGAGUACACCAAUCGAAUCAAUAUAACACUGCCCCGAAGCACUGACGGGGCCCUUACCAUUCUUGUUGUGGAGAGUGCGCAGCAGGUAAACCUGCUCGAAUCGCUCGAAGACCAAACCAAGAUUGUUGGCAGAAUUAACUGCGACUUGUCACAAGUGCCGGGAGACUGGCAACUUCUGAACGUCUUGGUCAAAUACCGAGCCCCAGUGAGAUCUGAAGGACAACAUCUUCCUCCCGAGCGCCUGCUCCAUCUGGCUGUGCACGAGUCGGAAAGUGAAGAAAACCGGCUAAUAGGCCACACGCGAGUCCUCAUGCAGAGUGGGUUGUGAAAGCAGUGCUUGG